UAUUUCUUUUAUACAUAUUUCAUUGUUAUUAUUAUGAUGUCUAUACUAAGGGCCCCGCGUUUUAGUUUCGCCCCGGGCCCCCAAAAUCUCAGGACCGGCCCUGCUUCCAUACAGGGAAAGAAGGAGUACAAAUCCGAGGUCAAGGUGAUAAGCAGGCUGCGUCACCGGAACCUCGUGCAGCUCCUAGGCUGGUGCCAUGGCCAUGGUCAGGAGCUCCUUCUGGUCUACGAGCUCAUGCCCAAUCGCAGCCUCGACAUCCAUCUCCAUGGCAAGCAGGGCACCUUCCUCACAUGGCCAAUGAGGAUGAAGAUAUUGCUGGAGCUUGGGUCUGCACUGCUCUACCUUCACGAGGAGUGGGAGCAAUGUGUGCUUCACCGGGACAUCAAGCCCAGCAACGUGAUGCUUGACGAGUCCUUUGGAGCCAAGCUAGGCGACUUCGGACUCGCAAGGCUCGUUGACCACGCCGCUGGGAUGCAGACCAUGACUGCAAUCUCGGGAACUCCAGGCUACUUGGAUCCCGAUUGCGUGAACACCGGCAAGGCAAGCGCCGAGUCCGACGUGUACAGCUUCGGCGUGGUUCUACUGGAGGUGGCAUGCGGCAGGAGGCCAAUGAGCCUGGCCAACCAGGACAAGGAGAAGAAUGGCGGCGUCUUCCGGCUGGUCGAGUGGGUCUGGGGACUAUAUGGCCGGGGAUCCAUCCUUGAGGCCACCGACGAGCGGCUGAACGGUGACUACAACACUGCGGAGGUGGAGAGUGUGAUGGUUGUUGGGUUGUGGUGCGCGCACCCAAACCCGAGCGCACGACCAUCCAUCAGGACAGCCCUGGCCACGCUCCAGCCCAAGGUCGACCAAGCCUACCAGCUGCCGGUGCUUCCUUCCAAGAUGCCAGUGCCGAUGUAUGAGCCGUUGAGGCCGCUCUCCUGGGCCAAUAUCAUUGGGACGUCAUCAUCAUCCUCCCACACCGUUGGGAUGUCAUCGUCGACGACGUGGUCCAGCAUGCCGAUGGACACCUCUUGUACCACAACCUCUGAUGCUAGCACUUCGACGAACAGUUCGAAGACCUCUUCUUCACUACUCAAACAUCAGUAGCAGUAGUAAUUUAUGGCAUGCGUUUGAUAUGUUCCCGGAGUAUUGAUGUAAUGACUAAUAAUGCCAGGAUGGGACUAGCAGCUGGAAUGGUUAUCAAUAUGGUCGAGUGUUUCAUAUUCAUAAGAAUGGCUGGU